AUGGAAGACGCUCAGGUUAAAGGCACAGCUAAGCUGGCCGAAACUCUUAGGCAUCCAGAUGAUCUUGAACGGAUAUCGGCUCUGAAAGCUCAGUAUACCUCUGAUAAAGCUGCCAUUGAUGCUCAACUUAAAGCUGGCGUUCAGCUGCAGCUGGAUGUCACAAAGGCCGGCAUGAAAGCUGUCGAGGAUUCCCAAAAGGACCUCAAUCUUAUCAGAGAAGAGCUCGUCAAGAUCGACAGACUCUGCUCCGAAGCCCAAACAAUGAUCAAAGACUUCCCCUUAAUCAACGAAGUCUCCCGAGUCCACCGAAACUUCACACAAGUCGAAGAAAUCAUGACAGGCCUCGCAAACCUUAACAAGAACAUAGAGGAAAUCGAACAGAUGCUCAACGACGAUAACACCGAAGACGGGCUAAUGGGUCAAAUGCCAAAUCUACUACCGGUUCACUACAAACUGGGUGCUCUCCGCGACUUUCGCGACGACGCUAUCUUCCAGGCUACGAGAGCGACAGAUGAUACGAGUAAUACCCUUGCAAACUAUUUCGCCGUUAUGGACGAUGCGGUAGCAGAGUUUGAAAGUCGGCUUGAUUUGUUCUUUGUUAGUAUUCUGGAUAUGGUCCGUGGGAGGAACGUUUCAUUGGUUGUUAGAAUCGCAAAGAUAAUAGAAGCCGAAGAAACAGCCGAUAGUAAACUAAAAGCCCUCCAAGACGCCACAUCGCAGCAUUCAGACCUCGUUUCUCGUUUCAAAUCUAUCAACGUCGGUUCGAAACAACAGAAGGAAUAUAAGAAACGAUAUAUAGCCUGCAUUAAAUCUUCCGUUGCAGAAAAAUUCCGAGAAGCAGAAGAAUUAUUCCAACAGGAUUCUUCUACUCUUCUUGAUUCCUUCGAAUGGUACUUUGAUGAUCUUUUCGUUGUAAAGGAUCUUCUGACAAAACUCGUCCCGCCAAAAUGGAAAAUAUUCGACACAUAUCUCAAUAUUUAUCACGGUCAAAUGCACGAAUUCAUCACAAAGCUGGUGGGCAAUCAAGAUCUAGACGGUCAGGGUCUUCUCCAGAUAAUCCUUUGGAAAGGGCAAUAUAAUCAAGGCCUUAAACAACUCAAAGUCGACAGAAAUACCCUCGACCCACCCGUCCUCGGUGUCCCCGAAGAAGAUCUAGUCAAGGAGUACCUCAGUAUAAUAGUCAGCAAGAUGACCGAAUGGAUGAACUCAGUCAACCAAUCCGAUGUCAAGGAAUUCCAAGAACGUAAAGAAGCACCGGAGACAAACGAAUCCGGAAACUUCAUCUUACAGGGCGCUAUCAUCGCCUUCCAGAUGAUAAACCAGCAGAUAGAUGUUGCCUCAGACGCCGGAAAAGUCUCGGUUUUAUUGGGAGUUAUUGACGAAUGCGCCGUAUUACUCAAGAAACGACAAGCGAUGUGGGAAGACGUGACACGAAAGGAAGUCGAUGCAUACCUCGAACAACCCGAGACUAUUCCCGAAGGUUUAUUCGAAUGGAUGAUGGCUGUCGCUAACGAUCAAGCCCGCUGUGCGGUCUUUACUGAAGCCGUAAAAUCCCGAUUAGUAGACGCGCUCCCCAAGAAAGCACAAGAUCAUCUGGAACAAUCGCUAGGAAGCGUUGUAGACGGAUUCGUGGAUAUGGCUGGCUUAAUCACCAAACGAAUUACUGAAAUUAUCUUUAACGACUUGAAAGCACCGAUUUCUGCAUUCUUUACACCGGAGUGGUAUGGUACCACGGGGUAUACAAAACAUAUGGAAUCCAUCACCGUUACUAUCGAAUCUUACCUGUCGGACUGUAAGGUUGGUCUGGACUCGUCGAUUGCGGCUGAAGUGGCGUUGGAGUUAUCGGAGAUGACGGUGAUAUCGUAUCUAUCCUCGGUUAGGAACAAAAACGCCAAAUUCUUAUUACAGACCGCGGAUGUGGCUGGGCAGGUCAGGUCGGAUGUCAUGUGCGGGUUUGGAUACUUCAGAGAAACUACGAGUUUGGACGCUGCGAAGCAGACGUGGCCUGUUAUUGAAUAUUUCAUUCAGUUGGCGGUUAGUCCGAAGGAGGCGCUGUGGGAGACGUAUGUGAGCUUUAAGACGGCAUAUUGGGAUUUAAGCAAUGAUUGGGUGGAUUUGGUGUUAAAGUGUAGAGAGGAUUCGAGCAGAGAGUUGCUGGGGAUUAUUAAGAAUAAGAUGAAGGAAUUUGAGGCGGUGGAGAUUGGAGCGCCGACGAUUAUGGGGAAGGUUAAGGUUAGGUGA